CCUCCCCCCGUUUACCCGGAGCCCGCGAGCGCCUGCUGGGGUCCCAUCACGGGCAGCCCCUCCGCACGCAAGGCGCCCCCUCCCCUUCCAUGGCGCCCUGCACUGUUUGGUGCCCGCUGGCCGGGCAACCGGCUCCGCCACCCCCCCGAAGGCUCUCCCGUGUUUGCAGCGGAAACUUCGGACGCCUCCCGGGCACCGCAGGGCUGGAGUGGACCUCCCCCCGGGAGGACUUCGCCCCCUGCCCAGCAAGGCUGCCUGCAUGCCCGCCUCUCUCUUCGGAAGGUGCUGGGGGGGGGGGCAUGAGAGCGGUUGGUGCCCGGAGAGGCGGAGGAGGCGGGAAGCGGAAUUUAACCCCGAAAGUGGCUGUUUGGCAGGGCAGGCAGGCGGGGGCUGUCCCGGCCUGCCCAGAAACUCCCUCCCCCUUUCGCUGGUUUCGGCCAAGGCAGCCGGGACCGUACUUGGCUUGGGCGCUUCGGGGACGGGAGACCACCAGGAAACGCGCAGGGCUGUGUGGCUGGAUUAAGAAGUCCGUAAAAGCCCCAGAGCGGGGGAAAAAAACGGUCGGAGACAAGUGACUGUCCGAUUCUGGCACAAAUCUUCCGGAUGCCACAGGACGCUGAGUCAGCCAGCAAGACCACCGGCUCUCCGGAUAGCCGGAGAAAACGAUUGUUAGGGCGGCUGCAAGGAUGCAAACUCUCGCAAGGGUCUGGGGUCCCCGGGGAGACAGUGUCCCUGCCUAUCUCGGAGUGAAGGCGUCUUCAAGUGCCCCGAGGACCAGCUGCCCCUCGACUACGCCAAGAUCUACCCAGACCCCGACCUGGAGGCCCAGGUGUUGGGCCUGGCCAUGCGCUGCAUCCACAGUGAGGAGGGCUGUCGCUGGAGUGGGACCAUCCGCCAUUUGCAGGCCCACCUGGGGACCUGCAGCUUCAACGUGGUGCCCUGCCCCAACCGCUGUGGGUCCAAGCUGAGCCGGCGCGACCUGCCCCCCCACCUGCAGCACGACUGUCCCCAGAGGCAACUCCAGUGCGAAUUCUGCCGGGCCGACUUCACGGGGGAAGCCUUCGAGAACCACCAGGGGGUCUGCCCCCAGGAGAGCGUCUACUGUGAAAACAAGUGUGGGGCGCGCAUGAUGCGCCGGCUGCUCUCCCCACACAUGCUGGCCGAGUGUCCGAAGCGCACCCAGCCCUGCAGCUACUGUGCCAAGGAGUUCCUCUACGACACCAUCCAGAACCACGAGUACCAGUGUCCCCGCUACCCCGUGCCCUGUCCGAAUCAGUGCGGAGCGCCCAAUAUCGCCCGGGAGGACUUGAGUGGGCACGUGAAGGAGAACUGUUCCACCGCCCUGGCCCUCUGCCCCUUCAGGGAGGCCGGCUGCAAACACCGGUGCCCCAAAGUGUCCCUGGGCCGCCACCUGGACGAGAACACCAAGCUGCACCUGGGCCUGAUGGGGGCGCUGGUGGCCCGGCAGCGCCAGGAGCUGGCCGAGCUGCGCCGCGAGGUGGAGGAGCUGGCGGUGGGCAGCGACGGGGUGCUGAUCUGGAAGAUCUCCGACUACGGCCGGAAGCUGCAGGAGGCCCGCCUGCGGAGCAACUACGAGUCCUUCAGCCCGCCCUUCUACACGCACCGCUACGGCUACCGGCUGCAGGUCUCGGUCUUCCUGAACGGCAACGGGAGCGGGGAGGGCAGCCACCUCUCGGUCUACAUCCGGGUGCUGCCCGGCCAGUACGACAACCUGCUGGAGUGGCCCUUCGCCUACCGGGUGACCUUCUCGCUGCUGGACCAGAGCGACCCCUCCCUCUCCAAGCCCCAGCACAUCACCGAGACCUUCUUGCCGGACCCCGCCUGGAAGAACUUCCAGAAGCCCGGCACGGGCCGCACCUCCCUAGACGAGAGCCUGUUGGGUUUCGGCUACCCCAAGUUCAUCUCCCACGAGGACAUCAAGAAGCGCAACUACGUCCGGGACAACGCCGUCUUCCUCAAGGCCUCGGUGGAGAUCCCGCCCAAGAUCCUCUCCUGAGGGGGCUGCAGAGCGGAGGAGCCGGGGGAGGCGGGGUGGACGCCCCCCACCCCCCUCUGCCGGGUUUCCCCACUUUGGAAGAGCAGCUCUGCUUCUGAGGACGCUCCCCCCCCCCCCCCAUCUGCCUUUCUGCUUCGGAUCGUCUCCCCCCCACCCCUUCGGUUGAAAUGGUGCUAAUUGCUGCACCAUUAUUGGUGCAAUUGUUGGGGCUAGCUUGGGGAGGGGGGGUUGCAUUCUUCCCAGGAGCAGCUGGGCUGCCUCUGCGACCCCCCCAUUUUCUCCCCAAGUGCCCUUUGGGGUCCCUGCAAACACCUGCCCUGGGGAACUUCAGGGAGCCUGCUGGGGGCCUUCCAGAUGGGGGGGUGUCCCUCUGCACACUGCCCCCCCUUUCCGUGGAACAGCUGGGGGGGGCUGAAGGCCGGAACCCCCGACUCUUCCUUCGGUGUCCACACUUGGACGGCUGUCUUGGACCUAUUCAGAGACGGGGGGGGAGGGGGGGCUACCCAGCACUCAAGAGCCAUAUAAUUGCCGGUGGGCCUUUUUGCCCGGGGGGGGGGGGAGGAGGGGGGGCUGCCCACCAGGCCACCAGGGGUGUAGCUGCAAUCACUACUCCUCCCUCCCUUUUUCAGAGUUACAUUUUUCUGUCUUUUUAAUAAACCGCUCCUUGUAUUUAUUAA